UUCGAAGUUUAGCUUUUAAUUUGUGAUCGUUUGAGGCAGAGAGAGAGAGAGAGCGCGUGCAUUUCUAUCUGUUUGGUGAGUUCAGUUUUUCGAAGGUAAAGACGCAGAGAGAGAGAUCAUGACUCUUCAGGCGUCCUGUUACAGUGUUGGAAUCCCGAGCUUUAUGAGUUCCCCAAGUCGUUCCCGCCGUAUAAUCCGUGCGCAAGUGGAUCCCUCAGACAAGUCUAUUGAAAUAAUGAGGAAGUUCUCAGAGCAGUAUGCUCGUAGAACCGGAACGUAUUUCUGUGUUGAUAAGGGAGUCACCUCAGUUGUUGUUAAGGGCUUGGCAGACCAUAAGGAUUCACUGGGAGCACCCCUUUGUCCUUGCAGGCAUUAUGAUGACAAACCUGCGGAGGCAGGACAGGGCUUUUGGAACUGUCCAUGUGUUCCCAUGAGGGAGAGGAAGGAGUGCCACUGCAUGUUAUUCCUAACACCUGACAAUGAUUUUGCUGGCCAGGAGCAGACCAUCUCCUUGGAAGAAAUCAAGGAAACAACAGCAAAUAUGUAACCUUCUGGGAUAUUUACUUCACUACUUUGAAUUAUGCCCACUUGUGUGUACAUUUAUAUCCUAUUCAAUGAUGGGUCCUCCUUUCUUUUAUUUUUAUCUUGUGUCUAGUUUUCCCUUUCCUCUUUUGCUGUUAAGAUCAGUUUUGGCCUUGUCAGACCAACCUAAUACUGUAUUGUUCAGAUGUUAGGCUGCAAAAAUUAUAGUAUUCAACAGUCU